GACUGCCGGGACUUCAUGCCUCCAGCCACGAAGCCUCAAGUCGGCAUCACAAUGGCAGUACGCUUCAACCAGCGGAUCCAGAUGGACCUAUGCUUCCAAUGGGAUGAGUGUUUCAUCCUCGUCAUCGAUGAGUUCAGCAAGUACAAGGUCGCCGACUUCCUCAAGGACAGGACCGUUGAGGAGAUCCUCUCGACGGUGCUUCGUUGCUGGAUCAGGUACUUCGGGCCGCCGAUCAGACUCAUCUUGGACCAGGAGGGCGGCAUGGUUUCUGAAUUGGCAUCGCGCAUGUGUGACAAAUUUCACAUCAGACGUUCCUUCGCUGGCACCGAUGAUCAUACCAUGACGGGCCUGGUGGAACGAAGGAUUUCUCUCAUCAGGCUAUGCUCACUCAAGUUGAAGAAAAGCGCUCAGGCCCAGGGCCUGCAGGUAACGAAUGCAGAUAUCAUCCAGGAGGCGGCCAUGGUCUCGAACUCGCUCGUAUCUUACGGAGGCCAGACGGCGAAUCAGGCGGUGCUGGGAUUCACUCCUCGCGACUACUACGACAUGGAGGCCACUACCUUGGACUCCGUGACGCCGGCCGUGGACAGCUGUCCGGACCCCUUCGAGUCGGCACUUCGAUUACGAAUGCAGGCCAAGAUUGCCAUGGCCAAGAGCUUGGUCGAAGAGCGCAUCGCAAGAUGCAACCGGACUCGGCAGCAGCAGACACCUCCUGGACAGCGACUUCAGCCUGGCGAACCUGUUGACAUCUAUCGUGCGCCAGAACGCAAGGAUCAGUCAGGAUGGAGAGGACCAGCGGAACUUGUCAAACUUUCUCAGGGAACUGGCAUAGUGGUCUGGAACGGUAUUCCCUACAUUCUGCCCACGAGGCACAUCAGACGACACGCCAUCAACCUGGAAAAAAUACCAAUCGGCGACGGCAAUCACUAUGCAUAUUUACUACAGGACACGACGGACAGCUCUAACCUCACCAAGCUCAUGGACCUCGUCGACGGCACAGCCUACGGCCAGUACACCAGGAUCGGAAAAAUCUUCGACGGCAGUUCCAUGACUUGCUCACCUUCGGUAUCUCAGUUACGACUGGUCAAGCACUGGUGCCUGUGUCUUCAGAUAUACCAGCGAGUUUUCCAUUUGAAGAGCGUGGACGGCCUGUUGUACGGUACAUCGGUCAGACGCAUUCCGGCACUGGAUCGGAUGCGUCAUGGAUUGCUCGUCACUUGGCCUCGUUCGAAUAAGACGAAAUACUUGGCACAGGAAGUACGACCAGACAAAGGAAUAAACAUCACGGACUUUUCGAGCGACGCCUGGGAUGUUACUUCUUUCUUCCUUAUGUAUCGGACUGAGUUGCCGGUGAACCCCUUUCUCGACGAUGACGAGAUACCAGACACGGACGAUCUCGGCAACAUCGAGGUCUGGCCAGAGAGCAUGAGAGACAUCGAUCAGGACAUCCGCGACAUG